AUGUCCUGCUCCGCUCGAGUUAUUGGAGGUGCUCUAGGAGUUCGCGACAGCAGCAGCAUGGCAGCGAAUAUCAUUCAGAGCGUGGGAAUCACGCCUUUAAUUCUAUGCGUUGACGGAUUGGUUCAUGAAGCGUACGUUCACGCCUCAAGAUAUGCUAGAUCCGGUACUAAAUUAGCAACAGCCGAACGUAUCGCUUUCCCCAUGCCAGCCGUCGCCUCAAUUGCUAUAAGUCUUUCUAUCAAGGCAUGUCUGGAUAUUUUCGAGAACAAAGCACAGUCCGACGAUUAUUCAUUAUGGAAGGCUGGAUCAUCCCUGACCGUUGUGGUUUGGCUCUUCCAGAUUGGGUGGUCGGUUUACUCCCUACAAUUCCACGAUAAAGGAAUUCAAGGUCCGGGAUAUCAAGGCGGCACUGUGCUCCUUCAGGGUGCGCUGGUUGCACUAGCAUUCAUUGGUGUCCGUGUCAUCUACGCACUUGUUGCUGUUUGCACCGAGAGUAAAGAUCUUAGUCCAGUGUAUGGACUAAUGUCCGUCCGUGUUGUUCUCAUGUUCCUGCCGGAGUUGUUUGCGACCGUAACCAUGAUGGUCGUGGGUGUCCGCACCAGACAUCUCCGAGAGCUGAAAGACGAAACGGACUAUGGAAAGCUUGAUGUGGUCAAGCCUACUUCGGUUGGCAUUGCGGCUUAG